AUGAAACCACUGUGCAUACUCUUGGGCCUUUUGGCCCUCGAAGCCUGUUUCUCGCCUGGUGAGAGUCAAAGAGGCCCCAGAAGACCAUACCCACCUCCUUUUCCUCCACAACCUUUACCUUUUGACCCAAGAUAUGUUCCACCACCUCCUCCUCCUCCCCCUUAUGGCCCAGGGAGAUUUCCACCCCCUCCCCCUCCCCCUCCCCCUUAUGGCCCAGGGAGAUUUCCACCCCCUCCUCCUCCUCCUCCUCCUCCUAAUGGCCCAGGGAGAAUUCCACCCCCUCCUCCUCCUUUUGGCCCUCCACCUCCUCCCCCUUAUGAUCCUUAUUAUCCAUAUCCACCAUAUCAACCAAGAUCAGAUAUACCUGAACCUAUAUUCUAUCCUGGAUACCCUCCAACGCACCCUUCCUCCUUCACCCCUGCACCCCAAACACAAGCUACUACAACCACAGAAACUCCCACCACCACCAAAACAAACCCCACCAGCCCUACAACUACUGCUUCUACUACCCAAGAUGCACAUGAUGCUUCUACCACCAAGGGACUUUUCGAUAAAGUUGUUUCCAUUUUUGGAUAA